CGUUGUUUAGUGAAAGACUGUCCGAAUACAGGUAAAAAAAAACUCGCGUAAGUUUCCAUCGUUCCCCCUCGAAUGCGUUCUUAUAAAUGUACUGGGUCGGUUUUCGUGGAGGAUACCUGUGUUUGAGGAGACCUUUUUAAUAGAAAUACGUUGUUCCAGUUCAACCGAAAAGGGAACCUGGUAAAACUUCGAAACGCUCUCCAUUAAUUAGGACGAUUAUCGAGCAAGAGGAAUACGUCCAUCACCAACACGUAGCGCAGGUUGUUUUGCCGCUAUAUUCACAACCAUACGAAUUAAAUCCGGGAAGAUCCUAAUCCAUGGAGUGGCGAUAACAUCGCAGAGUCUGAGUGUAAAAUUCCGAAAAUAUUUAAAAGCUUUGCGAAACUCGACCCAUCGUUCCGGAGAAAAGUUUAAACACCAAAACGAACUGAAUGCAGAAACUGAUAAUCUAUCGACAACAAAUUAACCGUGUCAUUCGGACAGUUCACAACGGCUCCAAAACAAGAAUUCUUUGUAGCAGACUGUGGAAAAAACGAACGAUUUUCAUCAGGAAAACGUGGAGUCGGCGCCGUGUCUCACAAAAACAUUAUGCCGAUCAAAAAGAACAAUGGAGUAACAGCGAAAUACGAUUUUCCCAACAAGGACUUCAAAACCAAGGUGCCUGGGCAAAUCAGAAUUACAAAUACAUGCAAAUCGGGAAUAUUUUUGUUCCAUCUGAAAUGUGGAACUGCGCAGCGAUGACAACUUUGUGUUGGGUCCCCGGUCACAGCAACAUUCAUGGCAACGAGCGGGCGGACACACUGGCGGCAGUUGGUAGGUCGGCACAGGCAUUCGCGACGGACACCAUUCCUGCGGCUGACAUAUUUAAAAACUUCAAAAACGAGACCAUCAUUCACUUUACGCGACACUGGAGAAGCUCGACAGGCUUGUUAAGCAAAGUUAAAGGCGAUUUGAGCCGAUGGAACGAUAGGGACGACAGACGGGAACAAAGGGUCCUGUCCAGGUUGCGUGCGAGACACACGAGGGUCACCCACGCUCACACGAUCACCAGAUGUGAUCCACCAAUCUGCACAACAUGCAACACCAGAUUAACAGUCGAACAUAUGCUAAUCAACUGUGCGGAGUAUCAUGACCUGCGAGAACAUUACCAACUAUCAACAUCAAUAAGGGAUGUUCUCAGCAAUGACCCUGUUAGAGAGGAGGUUCUUCUGUCGUUCCUGAAGGAUGCCGGUCUGUUUUGGGAAAUUUAAAAGAGCACCUUCCCUGUCCGGAGAAGUUCCGACUUCAACUGACGAGCCUCCGGCGGCAGGUGCUGCGGGGAACCUGAGUGUAGCCCGCGUGAGUACCAUUUCUAUUCUCGUAAUCAACACGUAUACUGUUCCUUUGCGUUUUUCCAGAAAUAUCACAUGCGUUGUACUGAAAAUCAGGAUUUGCUAGGAUGAAGAUAAGACAAACGGACGAGACAAUCUAUGCUGCCCGUCUCGUCUCCGCAACGCCCCUGUACGAGGAGGUUUCGUUAUA